CAGGCUCCUGGUUAUGUAAAGCCACGGCGAGCGCAACCAGGAGAUUCUUCAGUGUCGGAAUCUGAGUCACAUGGGGCUGUUUUAUUUCCCCCUCUGCUAAUCUCGUUUCUAUAGAAACAAGAUUGGGAGGAAAAAAAAAUAAAAGAAAAAAGGAGGCAAGCACAGAGCAAAUGAGAAACCUGAGGUGAUGGGUGAGGGAAGCGGAGGUGGCAGCUGAGGAGGUCGGGCGACGCGGAUGGGAGCAGGGACCCCGCUCAGGAUGGGAGUGUGCAUAGAGGGGACAGGGACUCUCCUGAAGAGACGCCCUGGCAUGAGCUGCUGCUCUGGCAGCGGGUGAGCCGAGCACCAGGAGCAAAGGGAGCAGAGGCUGCGCAGGUCGGAGAGCAGCCUCGCUAGGUUUGCCCACCGCUUGUCGGUGAAGCAGAAGCAGGAGAAGAGAAGGAAAGCUGAGUAUGGCUCGGCCGAGCUGUCUGCCUUCCGGCCCAGGUCUCUGAGCAUUGAAUGGUCAUCCUCCCCUAAAAUGACGCAGCAGAUGCGGGACCUGCAGCUGGCACAGGCCAGGAAGCCACCAGGCCCUUCCUCACCAAAUGCAGCCAAGAGGCUCUAUCGAAACCUGUCCGGGAAAUUCCGUGUCAACUACACCUCCUUCGACGAGGGCAGCCUGGUGGGACGGGGCGAGAAGGAGAAGCUCCGCAAGUCCUACCUGUUCCAGAGCAAUGCUGCACUCUUUGAGGCUGUGGAACUGCAGGAUCUUGACAGGGUGCAGGAGAUGCUGAAACACUACAGCCCUGAGGAGCUGGACCUCAACACUCCCAACAGCGAGGGGCUCCUGCCCCUGGACAUCGCCAUCAUGACCAACAACGCUCCCAUCGCCAGGGCCCUGCUGCAGGCGGGAGCGAAGGAGAGUCCACACUUUGUGAGCCUGGAAAGCCGCUCACUGCACCUCUCCACGCUGGUUCGGGAAGCGGAGCAACGUGUCAACGAGCUGAUGGCACAGGUGGUGAACGAGGCGCCCAAUGCUGACUGCUCCGAGAAGGAGAAGCAGCUCAAGGCCUGGGAGUGGCGAUUCCGGCUUUACAAGCGCAUGAAGGCAGGGUUUGAGCAUGCCCGAGUGCCAGAUGCCCCCAGCAGCGUCCACCUCUCUGUGGCCAGCAGCUCCUCAUUGCAGGUGACCUUCUGGGAGCCCCUGAGCGUCAACUCAGCUGUUGUCACCAAGUACAAAGUGGAGUGGAGCUGCUCCCCCACCUUCUCACCACUGCUGGGAGAAGCCGUGAUCGACAAGCUGAAGGACCUGCACUUCACCAUCCAGGGGCUGGUGUCCGGCACGGCGUACCACGUCCGCGUGUCUGCCUACAACAUGAAGGGCUGGGGUCCCCCACAAGCCUCCAUGCCCCCCUUCGCCAUCCCUUCCAACUGGCGGGAGUACGACGGCAGGGCGCCACGGCGGAGGGGACAGGCUGAAGCUCUGGACCAUCUCCUGGGCCAGGUGAAGACCGUCCACCAGCACUGCAUUUGCCACGAGCCCUGCAAGAACCAGCCCCAGAGCAGAAAGCAUUCAGUCUCCAAGAGCCUCAAACACCUCUUCCACCCUGGCAGCAAGUUUCUCAAGACACUGAAGCGGGGCCUCUACCUGACAGCCAUCUUCUACAAGGACGACAACAUCCUGGUAACCCACGAAGAUCAGAUCCCCGUGGUGGAGAUUGAUGACACCUACUCCUGCCUGCUCAUGCAGGAUUUCCUGUGGCUCACCAAGGUGUCAUGUAUGUGGGACGAGAUCCUGUGGCUGCGGCAGUGUGUCACUGUGUCCCAGUCCUCCUGCUCCUGCAUCCUGCAGACACGCUUCAAAAUGCUGCUGGCUAUCUCACAGAUGCAGGGGCUGCUGGGCAUCCAGGACCUGGGGCAGGUCUUCUUUGAGCCCAUCAAAGACAAACAGGGCAACAUCCUCAUCGUCACCCUGAAGGAGGUGAAGACCAACCAGACCUUCGAGAGCGUCCGCUGGGUCCCCAUCUGCAAGCUGCAGACCAGCCGGAAGUCCGUGUCCUCCCCCGAGGAGCCCACUGCUCUGGACACGCUGCUCAUCUCCCUCCAGGACAAGCUGGCUUAUCACCAGCGGAGCAGCCAUGCCCUCUCCCAGGGCCUCUACCUGGGCUACUUGAAGCUGUGCAGUGCCGUGGAUCAGAUCCGAGUGCUGGUGCCAGAGCAGCUCCCCAACAUCCUGUGCCAUGUCAAGAUUCGCUCCAACCCCAACAUCUCCAGGGAGGAGUGGGAGUGGCUGCAAAAGAUGGCCAGCGUGGAGGAGGCUGCUCCCACAGAGCCAGAGACUGACAGGUCCCAGAACCCCUUGUUUCAGGAGCUCCAAGUGGCCAUCAAGGAGCUGAUGACCCUGGUGAACAUCCCAUUUCAAGAGGCCAAAGACUUCCGUCUGUACAGCCAAGAGGUGCUGGACUUUGGGGAUCAGGUCUCCUUCCUGCUGCUGCUGCCUCCAUCAGAUGAUGUCUGCACUGCUCCAGGCCAGAACAACCCCUAUACCCCUCGCUCUGGCUUCCUCACACUGCCGCUGCAGAUCUUCGAGCUGGUCCACUUCUUCACAUACAACCGGGAGUUCAUCACACAGUACUGCCAAGUGUCUGCCCUGCUGGAACUGGAGUCGCUCCUCUCCCAGCAGAGCCUCAGGGAGGCUUUCUCCGAUGCCGAGCUCUCCACUGCCAAGCAGAGGCACCAGCAGGUUCAGGACUACAUCCAGCAAAUGGAGGAGAUCUGGCGAGAGAUGCGCUGGAUCAUGGAUGUCCUGCAGCAUGCCCGCUACAAGCAGCCCUCCUGUGGGAUCUCUCUCAGUGGCUUCCUCAGCGAGGCCGGGGGGACAGUGAAGGAGAAAACCCGAUCCUCCUCAUCCCACAUUGACUACCUUCCAUCCCCAGCGCUCUCACCAGAGACCAGCCGCAAGCUCAACUCCGACUCCCACGGCCUGUCGGAUGAGGAAGGCUCCUCAGAGGUGUUCCUGGCCACUGACAGCGACUACGACUCCAGCCGGGCGCAGAGCCCGAAGGAGCUCGACCUGGUGUACUCCACCUCGGGGCCUGAGUGCUGCAGCCGGAGGGUGGCCCGCACCCUGCGGGACAGUGCCCCGGACGUCCUGCAGAGCCACGAGCUCAAGACCCCAGCCCCAGUGCCGCCACCACCUGAGGAGCCCCGGCCACCGCCCAAGCUCUAUGACAGUGACUUUGUCCUGCCCAGCCGGCAGAUCGAGCUGCUGCGCAUCACAGAGAAGCGACAGGCGUACUGCGUUCGGACCAGCAGCCUUGACUUCCCCAAGCCCCACUGCCCCGGUCCGAGAAAGUCCUGCCCUGGCUCCGUGGACAGCUCCCCGGUCGAGAGCAGGACCACGGGCCUCUGCAGCCAGCUCAGGCUGGGGACUGGCUUGACACCCAGCCCCGAGGGCUGCCGGGGGGGACAGGGCUCUGAGCCCGUCUGCCGGACGCGCUCGGAUGAGUGGACUCAGGACUUGACAGAGCAGCAGCCAGAGCAGCCUGGGGGCUUGGCCGAGCAAGGGAAGAAGCCGGGCUCUGUCACCUUGAGGGUCUGCCCUCAGUACGAAACGGGACUCUCCAAAGAGACCAGUGUCAAGCUGCACAUCACCAGCCAGACGCCUGCCAGGGAGGUGGUGAAGCUGGUGGUGCUGGAGAUGAAUGACAUCUCGCGGGACGUGCUGGGCAGCUUGGCUGCUGUCUGCUAUGGCGAGGAGCAGCUGGAGCACUUCGGACUGGUGUUCGCUGCCAACGAGAGCGAGCGGUGGCUCCCCGAUGACUUCUUGCCUCUGUCCCUCCACACCAGCCAGCCCGAGGGGCGGUUCUACGUCCGCAUCAAGGAGACAUCCCCUCUGGUGCUCCAGUAUGGGCCAGCGACCACCGUAUGAGAGGAGGAGAGCCGGCGGGAUGGAGCGGAGACCUCGGCUUCCAGUGAGCAGACAGCUCGUCUCUGAUGCUUCCUUCUUCCACAGACACCCUCUCAUCAGGCAUCCACAGGGUGGAAUGGGAUCAUACUGGGUUGUGUGUUAUUUGUUUGUGCUAUUUUUUAAUUUUUUUUUUUAACCAAAGAGACAUCGAGACUCAGUUUUUCUGACUGGAGAAGAGGAGGGUGGAGUCCAGAGACCUCAGAGCUCAGGACUCUCUGCAGGAAUGGAAUUUUUGAAAGUAAACAUUUUUUAAGGAGAAAUGGGGGAGAGAGAGAGAGAGAGAGAGAGAGAGAGAGAGAGAGAGGGAAAAAUAUUACAAGAAGAAGCAGCAAUACUUUUUUUUUCUCAUUUUUUUCUGGAAAACCUUGUUUGGGAUUCACUGAAGGCAAAACCACUGAAGAUUGCUAGGGAGGGCUGUGGUGUCAGUGAGGAGAGGGCAGGAGCCAUAAGGACAACCCUGGGAAGGGUGUUUUCCUAUCUGCCCUCCUUUCACUGCACCUGGAGAAAUUAUUCUUGCACAAAGUUCUUGGAAAAAAAUUAUAUUAGUAUUUUUAUUCUGAAAAAAAGUCAAUAAUCAUUGUGCUAGAGCCACUGGAAUUGGGUAAAAGUGAAGACGCUUUGACUUGUGUCCAAGACUAAAGGAACCCAUGCAGCCAGCCCCCUGCACUCAUAGAUGUGUCAAUACCACACUAGAGAUUUGCUAUAGGGCAUCUCCUGCAACCCCCUGGGCUUCCCUGUCCCUCUGGGUGCUGUUUUGUUCUGGUGAUUGUGCUUCUCUUUCUCUAGUACGUCCUACAGCAUGACAUUUUGUUAGCCACUAGGUCUCCUGUUAACAUGGUUACUUUUCUGAUCUCCUGUGGUCCAUAGUAAAGACGACUGCUGCUGACUGCA